UAUUAACAAUUAAUACGUAAAACAAACGUAAUCAACUAACUAAUAUACCUUCUUUUGUUAUUUGAUCUCAUUUGCCCUUUGCAUUGUGUUCAACAGGUGUAUCACGCACACCAACAUAACACACACACACACACACUCAUAAUCGAAAAUUUGGUCAUUUUAUCUCAUACAUUCGACGAAUUCGUAACUAAAAAUAUUUUGAUAAUCAUCAUCAUCAUCAUAAUCAAUAUUUUAAAUAUAAUCUCUUAUUAAGUGUUCAUCAACAUUGAAAUUUAAUAGUGAAAUAUGCCUUUCAAUUCAUUAUUCAAUAUAUCAUCACCAUAUGUAAAACGUUUACUUGGAUGGAAACAAGGUGAUGAAGAAGAAAAAUGGGCUGAAAAAGCUGUUGAUUCAUUAGUAAAACGAUUGAAAAAAAGUAAAGGUGCACUUGAAGAUCUUGAAUAUGCACUUUCACAUCCAGGUCAACCAUCAAAAUGUGUUACAAUACCACGAUCAUUGGAUGGACGUUUACAAGUAUCACAUCGAAAAGGUUUACCACAUGUUAUCUAUUGUCGUGUUUGGCGUUGGCCCGAUCUACAAUCUCAUCAUGAGCUUAAACCUGAUGAACGUUGUCAAUAUCCAUUUUCAUCAAAACAAAAAGAUGUUUGCAUCAAUCCUUAUCAUUAUCGCCGUGUAGAAUCUCCAAUUUUGCCACCUGUUCUUGUGCCAAGAUUUUAUGAUAACAUGAAUGGUAAUAUGAACGGCAAUAUGAAUGGUAAUAUAAUUCAAUCGGGCAAUUCACCAUUGUCUAAUUUUCGAAACAUUCAAGAUUCAACAAUGUCUCCAAAUGGAGGAUAUGAAAAUGAUAAAUACAUUUCGAUGACUAACGGUAGUAGUCCAAUUUCAAUGAUAUCAUCUCCAUCACCAAAUUCGAUGAUGUCAUCUCCAUCUCCUCAUUCAAUGAUGUCAUCACCAUCUCCACCAGCAUCCUAUAAUUCACUUAUGUCUCCAUCACCACCAUCAAAUUAUCCAAUGAAUGCUCCAUCACCAUCAUCGAAUGGACCAACAUCACCAAAUUAUAAUCUUCAAGCUGAUUCACCACCGCCAUAUACACCACACCGACCGAUGGAACAUCAUUCACGAUCAUUGCAACGUGUAGAAUAUCAUGAACCAGCUCAUUGGUGUUCUAUAGCUUAUUAUGAGCUUAAUACAAGAGUUGGUGAAAUUUUUCAUGCUACAACUAGCCAGAUUGUGAUUGAUGGUUUUACUGAUCCAAACAAUAAUAACAAUCGUUACUGUUUAGGAUUAUUGUCAAAUGUUAAUAGAAAUUCAACAAUAGAAAAUACACGUAGACAUAUUGGUAAAGGUGUACAAUUAUGGUAUGUUGGUGGUGAAGUUUUUGCCGAAUGUCUAUCCGAUUCACCAAUAUUUGUACAAUCACGUAAUUGUAAUCGUUCGAAUGGUUUUCAUCCAACUACUGUGUGCAAAAUACCAAACAACUGUACGUUGAAAAUUUUUGACAAUCAAGAAUUUGCUAGUCUGUUGGCCAAUGCUGUUAAUGAAGGAUUUGAAUCCGUAUUUGAAUUGGUCAAAAUGUGUACAAUUCGUAUGUCAUUUGUUAAAGGUUGGGGUGCUGAAUAUCAUCGUCAGGAUGUAACAUCUACACCAUGUUGGAUCGAAAUUCAUCUUAAUGGAGCAUUAUUAUGGUUGGAUAAAGUAUUAACACAGAUGGGAUCACCAGCAAAUGCCAUUUCUAGCGUUUCGUAAAAAUCUUAUUCACAGGAAUUCACACUUUUUUUUGACAUACACAGAUUUAUACAAACAUUCUAUUGAUUUACAAAUACAUCAUACUCAUCAUAAACAGGCGAUCACUGACAAAAAACACACACACACACACACACACAGAAUCAUUCAUCAUGUUUCCAAACACCAAUUGAUUCUAUUCAAAAUUAAAAUUAUAUUCCA